AUGCAGUUUGAGGUGUACAGACAGCAGAGAGAAGCAGCAGCAGCAGCAGCAGCAGCAGCAGCAGCAGCAGCAGCAGCAGGAAAGAACGCUUCUGCAGAUACUCUUGCUGCUGCUGUUGCUGCUGGCUGUCUGUGGUAUAAGCUGCAGAAGCAGCAGCAGCAACAACCGCAGCAGCAGCAGCAGCAGCAACAGCAGCGACAGCAUCAGCGUCUGCUGCAGUACCACAGCAUUUCAAGUGGCGGCGAAGCUAGACACCGCAGCAGCAGCAACGGCUGCAGGGGCCGCGACAGUGCAGCUGCAGCAGCAGCGGCAGCGGCAGCAGCAGCAGUCUUCGGAGCAUUGGCAGCAGGAGCAGCAGCUGCAACAGGAGCAGCAGCAGCAACCGCAGCAGCAUCUGCAGCAGCUGGAGCACCGUUAGUAGCGGCUGCAGCAGCAGGAGCUGUCAAAGAAACAAAGGGCGCUCAACCGCAGCAGCUGCAGCAGCAGCAGCAAUCCAGCAGCGCAGCAGCAGCAACAUCUCAGCAACAACAAGAACAGCAACAACAGAAGCAGCAGCACAGCAGCAGCAGCAGCACAGCUGCAGCAGCAGAGCAAUAG